GAUUAGAAUACUACCGAUUGCUAAAGACACUUUCAGUAAAAUCACAAUUGAUUGGAAAUCACAAUUGAUUGGAACAAGGAUUUUGACAUUUAAGGCAAUGUUUAAUACCCAGCCUGGAGGGUUAAAAAUGUGA